CAGUUCAGCGCCUUGAGUCGGCAGGAGACAAGGCGUGAGGAGGAGAUGGAGGUGGCGAGAGCGGGGAGGCCCUGCGGCUAGGAGAGGCGGAAGGGUGAGCCUCUGCCCUGAGCAGUGGUUCCCUUCGGCUGUGGCACCAAACGCUGCCCUCACACCGAGAGAGGCCGUUUCUGCGGAGGUGUUGGUGCCUUCCCGCUUGGGCUUUGCAGAUGUGAAUGUAGCUUCAGAAAUCUUCAUCCUUGAUGGCAAAAAAAGUGGUUGCUACGGCCAAAAGCUACGUAUUAAACCCGUGUAGUACUUGUAAUGGUAACUAACUCUCAGUAACACAGCAUUCACCUUGUGGCGUCUGUGUUUGGUUAGCCUAGGCAGUCACAGACCUCCCUCCCUUCAGCCAGAAAGUGGGCCCUGCAACAAGGAAGCUGGCAUUUUUACUUUAAAAAAAUCAAGUCUUAAGUUAUUGUUACUGCAGUCUGUGGUUUUCUGAUGUUCAAGUUGUUGAGUUGCUCUGUGGAACCUCUUCUCUCUAUUUGUCACACACACACUUCAGGAGGGCCUGUUUUUUCCUGUAGGUCAUUAUGAUGUUCCAACUUCGAGAAUACUGCAGAGAGUUUAAUUCUCUGCACUAUUUCAGGGGCUGUGUUUGUAAUGUGUUCAGCUGCUACAGGAAAAACAAAACCCUGAACUCGUGUCCUAACAGAAAAGAAGGAAAAAAUGAUUUUUAGUUUCCUCUUUUAGAAAGUAACUACGCCCACUUCUGGCUUUGCUUUGGGAUAAUAAACAAUUAAACGGAAACAUUUUAAAAUCCAGUGUUCGUCUGUAACUUUUAAGUAGUUUCCUUUUGUUCUUCUUUUAAGGAAAUUGAGAGCACUCCACAUAUUCAAAAAGGUAUGCUUGUAUGCAAGUUUGCCAAAUUUUGGCCUCUGUUAGGAACACAAAGUGUAUGGCUGUCACAAAAAGGUGGUAGCUAGAGGGAGGAAUGCGUAAAACCUAAAUGGCACAGUGAGUCAAUCCUAGGUGAAGGAAGGACAAAAGGAAGAAACACUACAAGGUGUAAAUUGGUAGUAAAACACAGUCCAAGAGAGGUGAGCUCUGGGUAAGGGUUUGAAGAGGGAGGCUAAGGAAAAGGCAUAUAAGGCCCGUUGAAGGGAACAGCUGUGUCGGGUUGAAAAGAGAAGAGAACUGGUUAAUGGGCAGAAUGUAAGGACCUAAGAUGCUCCUCUGCAGGAGCUAAACGUGCAUACCUGGCUAAUGGUAGUUUACUUAAAUUAUGCCUUGCUGCUUUUUGUGAUUACUGAAGGCCCACAACACAAAAUAAUUACAAUAUUGAAAAUACUUCAGUGGCUCUGGUCAAUCUGAAUAUUUAAAAUAAUUAAAAGGAAAAAAGAAAAUCUAAUCGUGUAGGCUCUUGCUAAAACAAGGAUUUCCAUGCAGCCAUUCCCUUACAGAAAGGAAACAUGAAAGGGUGUGAAGACCUUACCAAAAACAAAAAAAAAGGGACUUGGAAUCCUACCAUAUUCAUCCAUUAAAAUUGGUAGGAUUUUUCCUAAUUUUCCCUAGGAAUGUGGUGGAAGACGCUAACAUGAAGAUGACAUCAGUUGGUAAUAAGAUUCAUCCAGUUUAUCGUACGCCAUCCUGUAAAAUAUGGUUACAGUUGGGAGUGCUUUGAAGACAGUGUUCUGAUGCUGCUUAUUCUCUGGGAAAACUACUUUAUUUUUAAAAUACAUUUGUGUGUGUGUGUGUAUGUUCUAUUAAUAGGAUCGGGUGGGUUCAGAAAACGAAAGCAUGACAAUUUUCCACGCGGUCAAAAAAGAGAGGAAAAAGAGAAUGUUACUCCAUCUUCAGCUUUGAUGACAUCUUUCAAAUCAUUUCAGCUGGAGCUUGACACCAGGCAUGAUAAAUAUGAACGGCUCGUGAAGCUCAGUCGUGAUAUAACUAUUGAAAGCAAAAGAACAAUAUUUCUGCUCCACAGGUUUAUCAGUGCUCCCAAUGGGGAAGAAAUAUUAAAUGAAUCUGAAGUAAAGCUAGAUGCUGUCCGACGGAAGAUUAAGCAGGUUGCACAAGAACUGAUUGGAGAAGACGUGUAUCAGUUCCACAGAGCUAUAUCUCCAGGACUUCAGGAAUAUGUUGAGGCGGUCUCAUUUCAGUAUUUUAUCAAAACACGCUCUUUGAUUAGUGUUGAAGAGAUCAACAAACAACUAAUAUUUACAGCAGAAGACAGAGAAGAAACAACAAACACGACCUCGAAUUCCCAUGAUAAACAACCACAUACUUGGAGCCUGAAGGUAACGCCUGUCGAUUACCUGCUGGGAGUGGCUGAUCUAACUGGAGAGCUGAUGCGGCUGUGCAUCAGCAGCGUUGGAAAUGGUGACAUAGACACGCCUUUUGAACUGAGCCAGUUCUUACGUCAGAUUUAUGAUGGUUUUACUUUCAUUGGCAACACUGGACCUUACGAAGUAUCUAAGAAGCUGUAUACCUUGAAACAGAGUCUGGCAAAAGUAGAGAAUGCCUGCUACACAUUAAAAGUACGGGGAUCUGAAAUCCCAAAGCACAUGCUGGCUGAUGUGUUCUCCACCAAAACAGAAUUGAUUGACCAAGAUGAGGGUCUGCCUUAAAAUAAGGAGACUGUUGCAACUCAGAAGGGAAGAGGACUUAGAGAAAGCUUUCUAGUUACCGUUUGUGGGGUUUUGACUCUUCUCAAAGCUUUUUAGGUAGAAACAUUUUUAGUUUUAUCUAAGAGAAGAUUGUUUGCAGUGAUAAUUUGUAACCAAACAUACUUCUUAUGAUGUGCAAGAGAACAAAUGUUUGACUUUGUCCUCUCAGUUUGGAAUUUCCUGUAUUGCUCCAUUGUAUCUUCUUUGAGAACUAUCAAAAUUUCCACUGCACUCUACACCAGUGACUGUCCUUCGUGUGAGCCACCUCAAACUGUUGUGGUUGCUGUUAGCAGUUUUUGGCAAGCACAGCAGUGGAAUAAAAAUGGUGAGGUACUGUUAUUUAGCAUUAUCCAUAUAUUUCUGCUGACCUGUUUUCUGAGUAUUUGGGUUCUGUACUCAUACCUAAAAUAAUGCACCUAUCUCUGUGUAAGUUCAUCCCUCGACUUGAAACUGAGGUGGUCUCAAAGGUGCCAUGUAACUUUUUGUUUUCUCUGAUUAAUGCUUUUGAGCAUGAAACUGAAACUAAGUCAACUUUUUGCCAGUUGAUAAUGAAGCUAAUCACACCAGGUAAAUACUGCUGUGCACUCAUUGUUUUGGGGCUCUGUUUAAAUUGAGCUCUGUUCAAGUUAACACUGGUACUUCACAGUUUUGACAUGAGCUAGAAAAUCCACAAAAAAAAACCCCAAUUGUGGAAUAUAUUGGUUUACAUUUUUUGUAAUACAGUUUAAUGCAGAAUCUGACAUCUUCCUGUUUGUAGACAAAAGCAGAAGACUUACCAAGUAGCAGUUUUUGGCCAAAACAUAUGCAGUGUGGUGUUGGAAGUCUGUUCUCCAUUGUUUGUGCUGCCCUGAGGACCUCCAGUGGGGCUGAAUGGGUAUAAGUGAAAAAGGGCUAGCCAAGCUUUAAAUAUCUGUUAGCAGGAACUAUAUCAUGUGCAUGUUCCUAUGGAAAGGAAAUUGCAAACAGAAAUAAGGCAGACAUUCUGACUUCCACAUUUAUCUUUGAGGUGGGUAUGUCACCACUGGCAAAAAAUCAGGGCUUUCUGCCGGUGUCUGAAGUUAUGAAAGUCUGAUAAUGUACAUUAUGUUAAAGGAAAACAGAUAAAACAACACGAUCUUUAGACUCCAGGAAAUAGGCCUCCCAACUGCAAUUGAAAAUACUGCCUGUUUUUUAUUUCUACUUCCAUAUGCUGUGAUAGUGCCAGUAUUUUUCCCAUGAGCAUGUCCUGAAUAGCUGGGAUCAUCUGAUAUAUGGAUAGGAAUGGGUAAAUACAUUUCUGCCACAUUUUUCCAUUGUUUCCACGUAAAGCAAUAUAUGGUGGGUUGAACAAGAAGUGGCUUUUUUCCUAUUGUUUAAUACUAUUUUUUACAAUAAAUUCUGAAAUCUAGUCACUGCCUGUACUUGGUCCUUUUGCCUGUUGAUCCCAGCAGUAGAUAAUGGUGUGAGUUUCCCACUGUGCAUGGCUGUGAAACUUGGAAGUUUCACUCCAUUCCUGUGUUCAUACUUGGAGGAACACUUUCUAAUCCUGAAUCUCUUUUCUCUUUCUCCCUUAACUUUAUUCUGUAAAGUCUAAAAACUAGUUAGGAGAGAAACUUCAUGUGAUCCUCUUGUGUUAAAAAAAUGCAAAGGAGUCAGGUGACAAAAGUUUAUCGCUGGAAUAAAUCUGUAAUGGCA